AAGGGAAGCGCGUCGCCGUCGACAGCUGUGUUGCACUACUACAGUGUGAAGAGCGCAUGUUGUGUUCACUAUAUCGCCAUAAUACAGAUCAAUAGACACCUGCAAAAAUGUCCGAAGACAAACCUAAGGAGGGAGUAAAAACUGAGAACGACCACAUUAAUCUGAAAGUGGCUGGCCAGGAUGGCUCAGUGGUCCAGUUCAAAAUUAAAAGGCAUACGCCGCUCAGUAAAUUAAUGAAAGCGUACUGUGAGAGACAGGGUUUGUCAAUAAGACAGAUUAGAUUUAGGUUUGAUGGGCAGCCAAUAAAUGAGACGGACACACCUGCGCAGUUGGAGAUGGAGGACGAGGACACAAUUGAUGUAUUUCAGCAACAAACUGGCGGCUCUUGCUAAAACCCCAGAACACAUGGACCCCACGCUUAUCUAUUUUAUCCCACACAAUGUUUUCAAUUUAAAUUAAUUGUUUUCAUUCACAUUAUUUCAUCUAUCUCUUUGUCUCUCCUUUGUUGUCUCUAGCUUUCCUAGAGUGGGCAUCAAAAUGUGUUUCCAGUAAUCAAUAUUUAUACAUAUUGGUUUGACAGUUACUGUGGUGUGCAAACAUACUCAACAUGGCUGCCAGAGGUGUAGAUGUUCAAAUUGUCCUGUUAGCCAGCUGGGUUGUUAAGCAUAUUUGCAGUACAAGCCCUAAAUUGAGCAAUGGAUUCCCAUUGUUUAUUUGGCCAAUAAAAGGUGGGGAAGCUAAUUUUGGGGGGGGCAUCCCUAAUUCUAAAGAGCUUUAAGUAGGUCUGUUUCAGAUUCGAUUUGCCUGUGUGUGUGUUGUAGAAAUAUGUUCAACCAGUGUUGUAU